AUGGCCUCGGAGAAGCAGCUCACGGUGGUCACCUGCACCGCGCCGGUCAACAUCGCCGUCAUCAAGUAUUGGGGAAAGCGUGAUGAGGAGCUGAUCCUGCCCCUCAACUCUUCCCUGAGUGUUACCCUGCACCAGGACCAGCUAAAAACCACUACCACCGCUGCCAUCAGCAAGGACUUUACAGAGGACCGGAUCUGGCUGAAUGGCGUUGAGGUGGACAUGGGGCAGCCGCGCCUGCAGUCCUGCUUGAGGGAGAUCCACCGCCUGGCCCGGAAGCGCAGGAGUUCAGAUGACCGGAACGCGCCGCCCCCCAGCCUCAGCUACAAGGUGCACGUCGCAUCUGAGAACAACUUCCCCACGGCCGCGGGCCUGGCUUCCUCUGCUGCGGGCUAUGCCUGUCUGGCCUACACCCUAGCGAAAGUCUAUGGGGUGGAAGCCGAGCUGUCAGAGGUGGCCCGCCGUGGCUCUGGCAGCGCCUGCCGGAGUCUGUAUGGUGGCUUUGUGCAGUGGCAGCGGGGGGAGCAAGCGGACGGUAAGGACAGCAUCGCCCAGCAGGUGGCCCCUGAGUCGCACUGGCCAGAGCUCCGCAUCCUUGUCCUGGUGGUGAGCGCAGACAAGAAACUAACAAGCAGUACCUCAGGCAUGCAGACGAGUGUGGAGACCAGCGCCCUGCUCCAGUUCCGGGCAGCGUCUGUGGUACCCACGCGAAUGACUGAGAUGAUCCGGUGUAUCCGAGAUCGGGACUUCGCCACCUUCGGCGAGCUGACCAUGAAGGACAGCAACCAGUUUCACGCCACCUGCCUAGACACUUUCCCCCCAAUCUCUUACCUCAAUGACACCUCCAAGAACAUCAUUCAUCUUGUGCACCGCUUCAACACGUACCACGGCCAGACCAAGGUGGCGUACACGUUUGAUGCGGGCCCCAAUGCCGUGAUCUUCACCCUGGAAGACACCAUGGCUGAGUUUGUGGCCGCCGUGAGGCACUGCUUUCCCCCAGAGCCUAAUGGAGACAAGUUUCUGAAGGGACUGCCAGUGAGGUCAGUCCAGCUGUCGGACAAGCUGAAGGCCGCACUGGCGCUGAACCCAGCCCCCGGGGGCAUCAGAUACAUCAUCACUACAAAGGCAGGGCCAGGGCCUCAAGUCCUGGACAGUCCCCACCUUCACCUCCUGGGGCCUGAUGGUCUGCCGAAGCCCUCUGCCUGA